AUGCCUGGUGAGACAAUUACCUUUCAAGCAGGUCAAUGUGGUAAUCAAGUAGGUCUUCAAUAUUGGAAUCAAUUAGCUACAGAACAUGGAAUAUCGCCAGACGGAACUAUAUUAUCCAAUCCGCAUGAAGAAUUAGGGUUUGAAAGUGAAGGGAACCAGUCCCAUAAAACGGAUAGACAAGAUAGACCUGACCUAUUUUUUACAUUAUCAAGUUCCAAUAAAUACACUCCAAGAUCAAUACUUAUAGAUUUAGAACCAUCUGUUAUAAAUAAAUGUACUAAUGAGAUGCCUAUGUUCAAUCCAAGGAAUAUUCAUCUCAGUGAACAAGGGAAUGGUGCUGCUAACAAUUGGCAAUAUGGAUAUUCAUAUGGUUUGCAGUAUCAAGAAGAAUUGAUAAAUUUGAUAGAUCGAGAAUGUGAUAAAUGUGAAAAUUUAUCUACGUUCCAAUUAAUGCAUAGUGUUGCUGGUGGUACUGGGUCCGGAGUGGGCUCAUUAUUGCUUGAGUUAUUAAAUGACAGAUAUGGAAGUAAAAAAUUGAUAAAUACUUUCCUGAUAUUUCCGUCGAAUGAUAAAACGUCGGAUGUGGUGGUGCAACCUUAUAAUACUUUGUUGACGUUGAAAAGAUUAAUUGAUUUCAGUGACGGGACAUUUGUUUUUGAUAAUGACGCACUUAACAGUAUUGAAAAUUCUUUAUUUGGUAUUUCGUCAUCAAUUUCGAAUGAUACAUUGAAUAAUAGGAGUAAUAGUGCAUUUGAAAGUGCCAAUAAAUUGAUUUCUUUUGUACUGGCUAGUAUUUCUAACCCAUUAAGAUUUCCCACAUAUAUGUAUAGUUCGAACGAAUCGAUCUUGUCAACCCUAGUUCCAUCUCCAGAUUUGAAAUUUUUGACUGCAUCAAUUGCACCAUUUGCAAAUUUAUCAAACUUUGACCAAAAAAUAUCCAAGUAUAAUUUUACUAACUUGAAUGAAUAUGACAUCAUCCUAGAAUUAUUGAAUGAUCGAUACAAAAUGAACAAAGUCAACGAGCCUAUAAAGUAUAUUUCCAUGCUAAAUUACUUGAUCGGUAAUAAUUUGAACCAAUCUGAAAUACGAAAGGGGACUAUCCGAGCCCAACAGAGAGUAGAAUUUGUGCCUUGGACCUCGUCUUCAAUACAUGUUGUUAAUUGCCAAAAGUCACCAUUUAUAAAUGGUGAUAAACCACAACAAAAGAAUAAGAAUUUGAAUGGAAUCCAAAUCUCCAAUAAUACGUCAAUAGCCCAUGUGUUUAGUAAAACGGUCAAACAGUUUGAUCUUUUGGCUAAAAGGGAAGCCUAUGUAAAUUACUACACAGAAUCAAAUGAUAAAGAAGAAAGAUUGCGUGUGCUAGACCUCUUUAAUGAAUGUAGAGAAAGUGUGGUCAAUGUUAUCGAUGAAUAUAAGGCUUGUCAAUCAAUGAGUUAUUUAGAAGAUGAAGUUUUAGAUAAUGAUGAACUUAUAUAA